AAAAAAAAAAAGAAGGAAUAUUUAAUAAUAUAAUUUUACAAUAUAAUCUGUAUUAAACGAAUAAACGAUACAAGACGUCAAGACCGACUAAAAACUAAUAAAUUAAUUAAUAAACAAUAACUAUAAAAAUAUUUAACUGUAGUCUAUUAUAUGUUUGUAAGCUUACUAGGCUCUUAAAAUCUAAAAAACUUAUUUAUUACUCACCGCAGAACAAAGUUUGUAUUUAGUAUUUAUAAUUAUUCAGCGAUAUGCGUUAAUUUAAAUGAAUUGAACUGUAAAGUGGUUUGAAUUGUUAUUUCUCCGUCGUAAUUUUUUAUCUAAUUUUUGACAAUGAGUAUUAUAUUAAAUAAAUUUAACAAAUGUGUUACACGUCAUUUCAAGUUCACAGCACUGUACUCAACUCAAACACAUUUUGGUUUUCAAACAGUCGACGAAACUGAAAAAUCGAAAAAAGUGCAUCAAGUUUUUAAAAAUGUUGCGGAUUCAUAUGAUGCUAUGAAUGAUGUUAUGAGUUGUGGUGUACAUAGAUUAUGGAAAGAUGAAUUAAUGAAAACAUUGGAUCCAAGUCCACGCACACGAUUGUUGGACGUUGCUGGCGGAACAGGAGAUAUUGCUUUUAGAUAUUUAAAAUAUAUAUCAGAUAUGGAAGGAGAUGGACAUGUAACAAUUGCUGACAUUAAUAGUUCAAUGUUAGAAGAAGGAAAAAAGAGAGCAUUAAAUUUGAAAUUAAACCAAGAUAGUGUAUCAUGGGUCGAAUGUGAUGCAGAAAAUUUACCAAUGGAAUCAGAUUCCUACUCUGCUUACACAAUAGCAUUUGGUAUUCGUAAUGUGACACAUAUUGACAAAGCUUUAGAUGAAGCGUACAGAGUACUUGAACCAGGUGGCAGGUUUCUUUGUUUAGAAUUUAGUCAAGUCAAUCCUGCAGCUUUAAGAUGGUUAUAUGAUCAAUAUUCAUUCAAUGUAAUUCCCGUUAUGGGUCAUGUAGUUGCUGGACAAUGGAAACCUUACCAAUACUUGGUGGAAAGCAUAAGAAAAUUCCCAUCUCAGGAAGAUUUCAAAUAUAUGAUCGAGUCAGCAGGCUUUAGAUGUGUCACAUACUCAAAUUUAACAUUUGGGGUUGUGGCAAUUCACUCUGGAUUCAAAUUAUAAAACUUAUAAUUAAAUUAAAAACAAUAUUGAAAUAAUUAAUUAUGAUACUAUAAUUAAGUGAGAAUAUAGAACUGUUAAUUUAAAAUUUUAUUUUAGAAUUUAUUAAUCAUUAAUGUUAAGACGCUACUUGAAACAUUCUUGUUUACACCAGUCAAAGAACACAAAAUAAUUUUCAUAUAUCUAUGUUGCAAAAAAAAAAAAAUAAUAAUAAUAAAUAAACCAAUUAUUUAAAAAAAAAAACUUUCAAA